CUGUUCGCUGCUGCACACUCGAUGACUCUAUUUCUCUGCAAUUUUCAUUCUCUCUUUUUAAUGCUCUGCGUACACGCGUCAAAUUCUAGAUUUUUUUCCCCGAGAAUCGCAGAGAAAACCAGGGUGCUAUUUUCCUUGGUUUCCAAACGCAUGCUUUUCUAUCUUGCAUUGCGGUUAGAAUAGGAAAUUCGAGAGUGUUGCAGGGCGAUUUUUCCUCUGUGUCUCUGUAGAUUUCAAGUUCUAUGCGCGUCAAACCGAGUUUUGCUGAGAAACGCAGAGGAAAUUAGGGGUUUUUUUUUUCUUGGUUUCGGAACGCAAACUUCUGCUCCUUACAUUGUCAUUGGAGCGGGAAAUUUGAGAGUUUUUAGAAGCGAUUUUCCCUGCAGUUUCAAGCUUUACUCUUAAGGCAGGGAAAAUAAGGGCAUUGUUUUAUUGUGGUGCAAACGUAAGUUAUGUAUGUUGCAUUGGCGAUUAGAAAAUAGGAAAUUUGAUAGGAUUGUGAAGCGAGUUUCCUUUUAUUUCUCUGCAAAUCGGGAGAUGUGCAGUUUUGAUGAGAAAAGCAGAGAAAAUUAGGGCGUUAUUUUGUUGUCACACAACGCAAGGCUGAUACCUUGCAUUGCCGUUAGAGUCGGAAAUUUGAUCGUGGAGCGGUCUUGAUCAUGAUGGAUUCUCUGAAGAAGUCGAUUAAGUCUCAUGGUUCUUAUAAGAAUACGAAAAUCUCGGCUGGUGGACCUGACGAUUCGAUUGGUGAACAACAGCCGAUUUUGAUGCAUCACAAUGGUGACAGAACGAGGUCAGGAGAUUCUGGCGAGGUUGAUCGGAAAGAGUUUAUAGUGAAGAUCGACGGCGAGGAUGAGGGUGGCAGAGGCCGCAGCAGCAGCGGCGGUGGUGGUGUCAGCGGCAGCAGUGGUAGCCGUGGUAGCAGUGGUAGCCGUGGUAGCGGUGCAAGCAAGAUAUGGAGAGAACCGAGCUAUGAAUUUUGGAGAGAUGGAGGCGAGAUUGAACGAAAAAGUGGUGGGAGUUUUCAGUUCCAGCAGCCGUUGGCGACGGAGGAUCCACCGUCUAAGCUGAUUGGCCAGUUCUUACACAAACAGAAAGCGUCGGGUGAUUUUUCUCUUGAUAUGGAUAUGGAAAUGGAAGAGCUGAGAGAUGAGAAGAGCGAGCCUCCGAUGCCAGAGAGUAACAUGCACCCAAUGAUGUCAUCCAGAGAGAUGAAGGUAUCGUUUCAACCUCAGACCACCGGAGCAGAUGAAAUGAGAUCUGAAACCGUUAGAAGAUCCUACAUCGAUAAGGAAGGUUCCGAUAAGGAUGGUUCUGAUGAAGAUGACAUUAAACGAGACAAUUGCGACAAUCCGGAUGGUGAAGUUUUGAUGUGUACUUCAAACAUGGAGUUUCAAAGGAAGUCGACUUUGUUAAGAAACAAGACCAAGUCAAGGUUGGCAGAUCGUACCGAAUAUGUAAUGAAGUCCGGGUUAGUGCCCAAAUCAGGUCUGUUGCCAAAGUCUGGGAUGUUGAAAUCAGGAUUGUUGGGGAAAUCUGAGGAAGACGAAGAAGAUCCGUUCUUCGUGGACGACCUACCCGAGGAGUUCAAGCGGUCAAAUUUUAGUUUUUGGACUAUUCUUCAAUGGUUAAUUCUCAUUUUGUUGGUGGCAGUAUUAGUUUGUAGUCUCACGAUACCUCUAUUCAAGGAUAGGAUUCUUUGGAAACUCAGGUUGUGGAGAUGGGAAGUGAUGGUUUUGGUAUUGAUAUGUGGUAGAUUAGUUUCUGGCUGGGGGAUACGGCUCGUGGUUUUCUUUAUUGAAAGAAAUUUUCUUCUUCGGAAACGGGUAUUGUAUUUUGUGUAUGGAUUGAGGAAGGCAGUUCAGAAUUGUCUGUGGUUGGGUCUUGUUCUGAUUGCUUGGCAUAUUAUGUUUGAUAAGAAGGUUGAGAGGGAGACAAAGAACGAUUCUCUUAAGUAUGUAACUAAGAUUUUGGUAUGCCUCUUGGUGGGUGUCUUGUUAUGGCUACUAAAGACCCUCAUGGUUAAGGUCCUUGCAUCUUCCUUCCAUGUGAGCACAUUCUUUGAUCGAAUUCAGGAGGCUUUAUUUAAUCAAUAUGUGAUUGAGACUCUAUCGGGUCGACCCUCGCUUGAGAUACAGCACCAUAAGGAUGAGGAGCAGAGUGUUUUGGCUGAAGUUACGAAGCUUCAGAAUGCAGGAAUUACAGUGCCCCCUGAACUCAGGGCAGCUGCCCUCCGGCCAUCGAGUGGGAGGGUGAUAGGGAGCGGAGGUCUCCAGAAAGGCUCUGUAGGAAAAAGUCUAAGACUGUCAAGGACAAUUUCAAAAAAGCAAGAUGAGGGGAUAACAAUUGAUGACUUGCACAAGCUUAAUCAUGAGAAUGUUUCUGCCUGGAACAUGAAGAGGUUAAUGCAUAUGGUGCGGCAUGGGUCCCUUGCUACACUGGAUGAGCAAAUUCAUGAUUCAACUCACAAGGACGAGUCUGCAACGCAGAUUAAGAGUGAACAUGAGGCAAAAAUUGCGGCAAGGAAAAUAUUUCACAAUGUAGCCAAGCCAAAUUGCAAAUACAUUGACCUGGAGGAUAUAAUGCGCUUCAUGCGAGAAGAUGAAGCUUUGAAAACCAUGAGUCUGUUUGAAGGAGCAUCCCAAAGUGGGAAAAUCAGCAAGUCAGCCUUGAAGAACUGGGUGGUUAAUGCUUUCAGAGAAAGGCGAGCACUUGCUUUGACAUUGAAUGACACAAAAACAGCCGUUAACAAACUUCAUCAAAUGGUGAAUGUUGUAGUUGUCAUAAUCGUAUUGAUCACCUCGCUUCUUAUACUAGGAAUUGCAACAAAGCAAUUCAUGACCUACUUAAGCUCUCAGCUCCUCCUAGUCGCAUUUAUAUUUGGAAACACCUGCAAAAAUAUAUUUGAAGCCAUAAUCUUCUUAUUUGUGAUGCAUCCUUUUGAUGUGGGUGAUCGGUGUGAGAUUGAUGGAGUUCAGAUGAUAGUGGAAGAGAUGAACAUCUUGACUACUGUCUUUCUAAGGGGCGACAACCAGAAGAUCGUGUUCCCAAACAGCACUCUUGCUACAAGGCCCAUUGGCAAUUACUAUCGUAGUCCUGACAUGGGAGAUUCAGUUGAAUUCCUCGUCCAUAUUGCAACUCCAGCAGAGAAGAUUGCCAUCAUAAGACAGAGAAUAUUAAGUUACAUGGAGAGCAAGAAAGACCACUGGGCUCCUUCACCCAUGGUUAUUGUAAAGGACUUGGAGGGGUUGAACCAGCUGAGGGUGGCGGUUUGGAUGAGCCACACAAUAAACCACCAAAAUAUGGGGGAGAGGUGGACAAGGAGAUGCCUUCUGGUCGACGAGAUAGUCAAAAUUCUGAGGGAGGUCGACAUUGAGUAUCGCAUGAUACCGUUGGACAUCAACGUCCGCUCCAUGCCCAUGCCAUCCCCUGUGACUUCCAGUCGCCUUCCCCCUUCCUGGACAGCUAGUGGCGGAAACUGAUCAAAAGCUUAUACCUUUCGCUUUGAUUCAGGUCCUUGAGAGGCUUCAAGCGCCAUGGCUGCAAUGCCCAAGCGCCAACCACCACUGCUGGAGAUGGGGUUCAUGGAGAAGCGAGAUGAGAUGACAGGGAAGCUCCAAGCGGCUUCUUCGGCAAUACAGAGCUGCUCGCAGGAGAAUGGAGAGAGGGUGAUGUUCCAUUUCUUCACCCUGCACUCCUGCCUCUUCUCUCUUCAUCAAUAGAUUUUUAGCUUUUCCAUUUUUUUUUUCUUUUUCUCUGCAUUAUUUAAAUCACUCUUUGUUUAUCAUUAGACGGUGGAAACUAAAAAACAAAUGUAAGGAUUGGUCACUUUAAGCAGUAGAGUUCUUCUUUUGGAUCUUCCCAUUCACUGGGGAAGGGA